GAAUUAGGCACUGCGAGCAAAGCUGCAAAAAAUAAACGUCAGGCAUUGAUCGUUCUAAAGAAAUAUCAUGACUUUGCGGAGGUCCAACGUUGUUUGGCGUUUAAACUGCCGCUGCCAUCAUGCGUCUCAAAAUCUCGACAGUUCAUCCGUUGGGCCCGCUCAAAGCAUGGUUUGCUCUAAACGAUGAGGCCCACACAAUCGCACAACUCAAAUGCGCGCUAUGUGCACGGCUGCCCAUUGGUGUGCAAGCCGACAACAUGACUCUCAUGAUGGACGAGUAUGACCUUCUGGACGAAAGUCCUAUAUCGAUUUUACGCGAUGGAGACGCCGUUUGCAUUAAAGGCGCAGCAGUAACAUCCCAACCUAGUUUGUCGAGCAACAGGGCGCCCUUGCUUGCUACUCAGAAGCGUAAACGCCGUGCAUCUACUUCCUCAGAACCUUCGUCCAGCUUAUCCUCGAGUUCGGCCCCUAGCUCAUCUGACUCAUCGGAGGACUCAUCCAGCUCAUCCAGUUCCUCAAACUCGGACUCUGAUUCAGACACGGAUGCCCCCAAACCCCCACAGCAGCCUUCCGAAAAGCGCGUGGACGCAACUACAAAACCAAAAACUCUGCAAGACAACAUUUCGUUUGUCCCUCCAGGUUACGGAAAGCCUUCCACCCGCAAUCGCAAUCUCCGCAGACGGCGAAAACGUGUGGCGGAGCACAAUCAACACCCUGAUGAACCUUUAGCACCCACAUCCGGUGCUAAUGCCGUCCUACCCCUUCCAAAUCAGCAAAACUCAUUAACCCGCACCUCCUCUGAAGCCUAUGUUGCUGAUGCAGAACCCGAGUCUGAGCCGAACGUGAUGAUGAUAUCCCUGCGGAACAAAAAUAAGAAAAAGAAUUUCCGCCAGCUUAUGGAUAAACCCCUCCCUCCAAAGAUUGUGUUUGCAGAGCUUGAAAAUGCCCCCGUACAAGCCGAACCUCCGGAUAAGCUUGCACCUGCUGGAACUUCAAACUCAGAAAAGCUUACAGUGCCUCCCGUCAAGCAAGCAAGGCUGAUUCCUCCUUCGGAACGGGAUGACUUGCCGUCGAAUAUAUUCGUAACGAGUGUAGAUGUAGAGGAAGGUAAACGGCCGAAGAAGAAACAAAGAUCGAAAGAGAAUAUUGUCACAGCAUCCUACGACGAUGAAUCGUGCACCGCCAAUUUCAGUCUCGAUUACGGUUCAGCUGAGGUACCGAUGAUGAACCCAGACGAAGCCCUUCACCUUCGUGCGGAGCAGCAGUGGGACUUACUUCCAAAACUAACUGGCGCGUCACAAGUGAAAGUAGACAACAUCGUUGCAUACAAGGCUCUUGACAUCAACCCUACGACAUGGACGCCCGAGAUGCUGAUAAAAGUUGCCCGCGUGAUAUCUCUAUCUUCCACACAUAUCACUACGUCCCCUUUACAGCGGACUGUUCAAGUUUCAUUCAGUGGACUGAUAGAUGCGACAGAAGCUGACGAAGAGGAUGAGACAUAUACUUGGGCAGAUGUUCUGUCCCAGGACUGGCGUAUCGUACGAUGAGGCCGAAGUAUAGGUGAAAUAUCUAGUUGCCUGUUAUCUGUACAUGUCGAUUGCUGUGCGAUAGAUACGGUGCUGUGGCACAGUGGCUUGCGUUUAAGCUCGGCAUGAUGUAGUCACGGCAGAUCGCGGCGUACAUUCAACCCGAGAUCACCCGA